AGACCAGACCAGUUCAAGCAUCACAAAGCAGUAGCCAUGGCAAAACAGCUGUUUCUACUGUUUGCUGUUUCAAUCUUCUACCUUGCUGAGGUCUCCUCUGAUUUCAACCCAGAUGAACAGAUUUCUUCAGUUACCCAAGUGGGUGACUACAAAAUCACAAAGAACAGGUUUAUGCAAGAAUUAGGAACUAUGUACCCAACCGCCAUUCAAAACGGACACACCUUAGCUCCAACUCCGACUCCGGCUCCGGCCCCUGCACCCUCCCCUCGAAGCGGCGGCGGUUUGGACUGUGGAGGGUUGUGCAAGCAGAGGUGCAGCCUGCACUCGAGGCAGAACGUGUGCACGAGGGCUUGUGGCACAUGCUGUGUGAGGUGCAAGUGUGUGCCACCAGGGACCUCUGGCAACAGAGAGGUGUGUGGCAAGUGCUACACUGACAUGACCACCCAUGGCAACAGGACUAAGUGCCCCUAACUCCCUUGGGACCCAGCCCAAUCCUUUUGUCCAAUAUGUAGCUAAUGGGUAUUGGAAUUAUUCAAAUGUGAUGAAUAUUAACGUUGGUUGGUUUUGCAGAAGUUUGUAUUUGAUUUAAGUAUGUGUAUAUGUGUGUGUUAGUAUGUUUGUAUCAGUGCAUAGUACAAGUUUUUAAUUAUGGUGGUUAUUAUAUGGGACAAAAUUAAGAGUUUUCCCCCUUCUCUACAAUUAACUUCAAUUGCUAAAUUAGAUUAUUAUAUUAG